AUGGCGCCACGCUCGCCAGAAGACAUCUUGGCGCAACUUCAAGCCCUCGUCGCGAAACAAGAAAUCACCAUUCUCAAACUCAGCGAACCCAUCUCCACCGAGAUCGCGCAAUUGCAAGACCCUCACCAACGAACCUCGGACAUCUCCAACGCGUCUCUCGACGCCACCACGCCCGCUUCCCUCGAGGCCGACCUCACCCACUACCGAGAGCUGUUCGCAAAGCUCCGCUUCAGCUACGUCGAGCAGGUCACCAAGGAAAAGUUCAUCCGCGCCAUCGUCGGCGAUCCGCCUCUCAUCGUCAGUCCGCAGGAGAAUGUCGACCUCGAGAAGCAGAAUCUGGAGGCCAAGGCCACGCUCAAGGUCCUGAAGACCGAGGUGGCCGAUAUGGUGACGGAUCUGGAGGAGAAGGCGAAGGACUUGAGCAGGAAAUACGAGAGAAUCAAACUCGAGACGGUGAAGCUGGAGGAGAUGCCGGCCAAGAUCUCUGAACUCGAGGACGCCGUCGCGCAGUUGAGGGAGACACGGGCGACGGAAUUAAGCCCGAACCCCGAGCUGAACCUACCAUUGGCCAAGACGCUCGACCUGGUGGAAUCGAAGAAGCGCCAGAGGGCUGAGCUGGAUCGCCAACUCGAACAGCUGCAGAGUCAGGUCCCGCGCAAGAAGAAGGAGUUGGAGCGUCUCCAUGCUGAGAUGCAACCGCUGGAAGCGAAGCGACAGAACAGCACCACGGCAGCCAAAGAAUCAAGGAGGCGGAAGGAGGCAGCCUUGGGUGGGGUGGAGGAUGACCUGGAGGAGCGCGGUCGUUGGUUCAGAGCUGCCGAGACUGGAUUGAAACAGAUGCUGGAAAUCGAGAACUGA